AUGGGUUCCAGAGCACCGGGGCACCGUGAAAAGACUUUCGCAAUAGCCGAUGGCCUCUUUGCUAGCCUUGUCUACAUUGACACAACAGAACCUAAGACCACAUACCAGAGCGUCGGCGGGCACGGCUCUCGAAAUGACCUUUCAAGGGAACUCCAAGCCCUGUAUGAUGAUCAAGCCCACACACGCGUGACGGCCGAUGCACAGCAUUGCAGCAUGAACAGCAACUCUUGCGCCUACGAAAUCACUUGGUCUUCUAUUCGCGCCGUUUGCAACGGAAUGGACUCCCUUUGGGUUCAUUUUGUCAAUGUCGCAGCUGAUCUCGAAAACGUCGCCGUUAACAACAUUUUGGCCCGCUAUCAAGACGCCAAAGGGCUCCGGUACACAGGCGCCAUUGCUCUCCGAAACGUAUUGAGCGGUCCUAUCCCCAACGAUCUUGGUCAAGUUUUUGCCUUUUGCUGCUUUUCUUAUGUUGUUUCCCAUCUCUUGCAUGCUAGAAACAUACUACCGCAAGGUGAUAUCCUUGCUGGGGUUCAUCUAUGGCUGCAUGCUUUAGAAAAAGACGACGAGCGGGGAGCUUUCCAGUUGCUUGUUCAAUGGCUUUGGCCCGAAGCUCAACACCAUCUACGCCUCAUGUACUCGGUGCCUGCUUACCAGUCCGAGGCCACGAACAUCUCCCAUGUCAACUCACGGCCAAUGGAUAUGUCUCCAACCAAUGGUCAGAACCUUGCCUAUUCACAGCAAGAUAUUGACUUAUUUAUCGAUCUUUUAAACACUUCCAACGCCGAUCUGGUGUCGCCGUCGCCUUCUGGUAUGGAUAUGAGCUCUUCUCAACCAUCACCAUACGUCGAACCACAUGGUCCAUCAUACUCAACCACAUCUUGUCAGCUUCGACAGGCCCCUGUUUUCAAGGCUGUAAUUCAGUACAUCCAAGAGAAUGCAUGUGUCUUGGGUAGUCUUGGCGGUUGGGGACUGGUGUUGAAAGACGUUCCGACGUGCCUCGCCUGGGAUCAAGAGAGACGGGCACAAAAGAGACAGAUACAAGACUCUUUCAUUCGCCUACUGUCGUCAGAAAAGGGGAAACACGACCUGGUAUCCCGCAGCAUAGUCAAUAUUGCUGAAGCCUUUGUCGAGCGAGGAUUACUUCAAGAGCCGAACGAGAUCGAAUUUUACAUGCAACUGGCUGGGAUUUCAUUGAUCAAUGGUCAAGCGUCAUCCCAAGAGUUCCGCGAUUGGAUCCAUAACUUUCAUCAAAGUUCCACUGUUGACUUUGCCGUCAAACACUUGUCAUGCUGGCAUUCGGAUUGCGGGUACAAAACCAACCGAUCCGCCAAUCUGAAAAGACACGUCGGGUCACAGCACGAUAAUAGCGAAAAAGGCAAACGUACGAAUGGAUAUUCUCGAAGAAAGUAG